GCGGAGCACGAGCUGCUUACGAAGUUCUUGGCAGCGGUGCGGCGCAACCAAGACGAGAAGGUGUACGACAACCACAAGAUCGAAACCAAGGGUCAGGUUGCCACCGUCAUGGGGAACUACCACUUCACCUGCGCAACUUACCGAGCGAAGUCCAAAGUCGAGAAUCACUUCCAGUGCCACCGCUGCGACGAUGGCAAGGUGCGCAUCUUCUUGCAGACUCAGUCCAACAUCGUGUACAUCGUUGAGUACCACGGCUGCGACGACGGCAACGUGCGCAUCUUCUUGCACUUUCGUUCCGCGCAGUUCGUGCUCACGCAGAGGGAGUCCGAGAAGUCACAGCAGGAGAACCUGAAGGCGGAGCACGAGCCGCGCACGAAGCUCAUGGACGAGGCGCGGGGGGACACACUCAAGGAUGACGUUGCCAACAUCGCUGGAUCGGAGCAGUACCACGAGAGGCAGUACGACGAGCCCUUCGCCGACAUCAUGAGGCACUACGACGAGCCCUUCGCCGAGACUAUGCGCUACAGAGUGGACAAGUACCACGGGAGGCACUACGACAAGCCCUACGUCGACAUCAUGCGCUACGGAGUGGAGUUGUCCCGCAGGAGGCACCACGACGACCCCCUCGCCGACAUCAUGCGCUACGGAGCGGAGCAGUACCACAGGAGGCACUACGGACUCGGGGUCGGCAGGGCUGGCACAGCCAGACUCUGCAGCUUCAUUCCUUGCGACUUGACCAG